UCGGCAGCUCAACUUCCAAGCUUUAAAGAUGAUGAGAAAAUGCCAUUAUUUCUUAUCAAACUGUGGAGUAUUGUCGAGGAUCCUCAAUAUCAGCAGAUUGUACGAUGGGAUGAUUCAGGAUACAGCUUCCACAUUAUCGAUCCAUAUUCAUUUUGCCGGAAUGUUUUGCCGCAUUUCUUCAAGCACAAUAAUUUGAACAGUCUUAUACGUCAACUGAAUAUGUAUGGCUUCCGGAAAAUGACUCCAGUCGAUCGAGGCUCACUUACGAGGACUGAAUCUGAUCAGGAUCAUCUCGAGUUUAGCCAUCCAUACUUCAUUCGUGAUCAUCCAGAAUUUUUAGUCAACAUUAAAAGAAAGCAGUCAUCGCGAUCGUCGGAAAAUUCCGUGAAUGGGGUGCACGCGCAAGCGAAUCUGCAGCUGGUUAUGGAGGAGUUGCGGCAAAUGCGCGAAAAACAGCGUGCCAUGGAUAAUAAAAUGCAUGAGUUAGUAAAGGAGAAUGAGCAACUCUGGGAGCAGGUCACAUUGUUGCGAGCACAACACAAUCGACAACAGCAAGUUGUAACGAAGGUGAGUGUUUGA